AUGCUGUUCGACAGUCCUUUUGCGGUGGCAGGGGUCCUAUUCCUCCUCCUUACCACCGGCUACCUCUACCUCCACCUAAACUCACCCCUCCGAUCAGUCCCCGGACCAUUCCUCGCUCGCUUCUCCCGCCUCUGGUACUUCCUCAGCACUUACGGCGGUCGUUUCCAGCAUAUCGAAGCCGCCCUCCAUGCGAAGCACGGCAAGAUUGUGCGUUUGGCUCCAAACUUAUACAGUAUCAGCGACCCGUCGGCGAUUGCGACCAUUUACAAACGCCGCCAGGGCGAUGGCCAGUUCCGCAAAUCGGACUCGUACGCGUCGUGGGAGGUCCCGGGCCAGCCGAAUGUCUUCAGUGGAAGGGAUGUAACCGUUCACGCCAAUACACGAAAGAAGUUGACCAGUGCUUAUACCAUGAGCGCCAUGGCCACCUACGAGGCCUUUGUCGAUAACUCCGUCGCCGUCUUGUGCCGGAGGUUGGAAGAAGCAAGCAUCAAGGGAACAAACAUCGACUUGGCGUGGUGGCUACAGUGCUUCGCUUUCGAUGUGAUUGGCGAAAUCACCUACUCGCAGCGAUUUGGCUUCCUCGACAAGGGCGAAGACCAGCAUGCGCUGAUUGAGAGUGUACACGGGAACAAUCGAUAUUCCCUGUUCAUGGGCGUUUUCCCGGAGUGGCACCAGGUGUGCUUUGGGAUCAUUGCUCUCAUGGGGAAGUUGGGACUUGGGCAGGGGAAUCAGAAAGACUAUCUGAUCGAAUUCACUAAAGAAAGUAAAGAGCGGCGUCAAGAGGCGUUGGAGAAGUCGCCCGAGGAGGGACAGGAAGAGGCCAUCGACGGAAGCAGUAGCAUCCCCAAGGACUUCAUGACGAAGUUCAUAGAGCACCACCAACAAGACCCCGACCGAUUCACCCUCGACGACAUCUUCAACGGCAUUGGCGGCAACAUCAACGCCGGCUCCGACACGACUGGCAUCUCGCUCAGCGCCAUCAUCUAUUACCUCUCUGCAAACCCCACCGCCCUCCAACGCCUCCGAGAGGAGAUGGAACAACACCAAGUCUCGGAUCCAGUAACUUUCAAGGAAAGUCAGAAGAUGGAGUACCUCCAAGCAGUCCUCAAAGAAGGCCUCCGUCUCCACCCCGCCGUCAGCGUCCCACUCUCGCGCACCGUCCCCUCAGGCGGAGCCGUCCUCGCAGGGCAAUACUUCCCCGCCGGCACAGACGUCGGCGUGAAUCCGUAUAUCCUCCACCGCGAUCGAGAAGUCUACGGGGAUGAUGCGGAGGAUUUCCGGCCGGAGAGAUGGCUCGAGAACGACGCGGAAACGCUGGCGCGGAUGGAGCGCUCGUGGUGUCCGUUUGGUCUUGGGUCGAGAACGUGUCUGGGGAAGAAUAUCAGUUUAUUGGAGAUCUCCAAGGCUGUGCCGCAGCUGGUGAGGAGGUUUGAUUUCGAUCUUAGCGAUGAGUUGAGGACGGAAGGACUGGAGUCGACGAAUGAGUUUUUCCUUCAGAUAACUAAUUUUUGGGUGCGAGUGCGAUCGAAGCAGCGAGAGGAGGCGUGA